AAAUGAUGUCAAAAGGAAAAUGGAAAUGAAUACCGACUAUUUGGAAAUUGGAUUGAUAGUGAGGAAGAAGAGGAAGAGAGAAGGGAAUGGACGGGCCUCCGGCGAACGAUUGGUGCUCUGUUUGCCAUGGACGCUUCAGAGUCCCUUGCCAGGCCAAUUGCUCCCACUGGUUUUGCGGUGAUUGCAUUAUGCUUGUUUGGCAUCAUGGAUCUGCAAUUCAACCAUGUAAAUGUCCACUAUGUCGUCGUCAAAUUACAUUGUUGGUCCCUGGUGAAGCUUCCCAAAGAGAGCGUCAUAACCCUGAGGUUGCUGAGAUUUUGCAAAAGGUUCAAGCAUAUAAUCGUCUUUUUGGAGGACAGACUAGUGGUCUCAUUCAGAGAAUGCAAGACCUUCCAUUUCUGCUAAGAAGGUUAGUACAGGAAAUGAUGGAUCCUCAAAGAUCACUACCUCUUGUCAUCAGGGCGCGUGUCUACAUUGCAAUGAUAUUAAGUGCUAUCUACAUUCUCAGCCCUGUAGACAUCAUCCCAGAAGGUAUUUUGGGUAUAUUUGGCCUCUUGGAUGAUUUGCUUAUAGGACUUAUGUGCUUCCUUCAUGUCGCUGCCGUAUAUCGUUCAGUACUAUAUUAUCGUCAUGGAGGUUCAUGAGCUGUGUAAUAGCAAUGGCAUGUUUAAGAUAACAAAUGGAGUUCAUAAAUUCUUCAUCUAAAGCUAAACAGGAUUUUCCUAGCCGAAAAGAUUUACUUUUGUAUAGUAUUUACUUUUUGGUAGUCUUCUUUUCGUUGAUUAGCAUGCCAACAGUAGUUUUCUUUUUCUUUUUUUUUUUUUCACCUUUUGAAUCACAGAGUUAUAGUAGCUGUAAUUGUUUUGAUUUUGAUGAUAGCUGCACAUUAUAACAGUCUGCUGUUUUCCUUUCUGUGAAGCCAUUGCGGAGCCUGGUUGAGGUCCGCAAGUGAGUUUGGUGUAUUCAGGGAUUAGUCCUUCAGGAUUCUAUAUCGGAUGCGGAGUGUGCGUGUGUAUGGCUUAUAUAGGAACAAAAACUCUGUUAAAAUUGUCAUGAUUUUAACAGCGAUUCAUUCCUUCA